CUGUUUGGUGAACCCACAGGUCUCGAGACUGAACAACCGUACACAGGUUAGGUAUGCUGUGAGACAGGUAUCUAAUGACUUUGCAUUUCCGACACAGACAAAUCCUUGGUAAGUACAAACAACUGGACACACAGCAGCCACAUCGGUCACGUAUUAAACGUCGCAGUACAGUGGUACUGAGUAGUGGUUGGUGCUGGUGAAUCACUGAGGAAGUGACGGUUCAUCCUGGGGAGCAGUUUAAAGCGCAUUUGAAAUAUGUGAACUUGCGCCAACGACUGCGACACUGUCCUGAGGGAUUCUUUUUUUAGCUAGAUCAUGUCUCAGAGGGACCUGAAGGAAGCGUUUGUCAGUAAUCUCAAUGGGACCAGUCUGCAAGAGGUGGUGCUGGGAUCAUUUCUCACCCCAGUGUGUCUCAUCAACAGAGGACUGAUUUUGACCCUCUAUUAUCAGGCCAAAAGGACUCUUCCACUGCCACUUCCACUGAUUUCUCAUCUGCUUCUAGACUUCUGUGUGCUCAUCCUUCCCCUCGUGCUGUCAUGCACCGUUCUGAGCGACAUUCUUCACCAGGUCACCUUGGGCCUGGCUGUUGUGUCGGCUUGUGUGCUUUGCUACAUCUACCAUGUCAGCAGUCAACCCCAGAACACCAUCAGCGCCUUCCUUCAGAGUCACAUUCAGUUCGAUCAGAUUCCCUUUGUGACCAUCUUUCGAGUGUUUGUAAAUGUGAAAACAGCCAUCAGCAUUCUCGCCGUAGACUUUAUUGUCUUUCCGAGGCGAUAUGCUAAAACUGAAACCUACGGGACGGGGAUUAUGGACUUUGGCGUUGGAGCGUAUGUCUUUGCAAAUGCCCUCGUCUGUCCAGAAGCACGGGGGAAGAACGUCUCAGGAUCCAAGAUGAACCAUAUCAGAAAGCAGCUGCUGUCCGUCUGGCCUCUGGUUGUACUUGGCAUGGCAAGACUAGUGAGCGUCAAAAUGUCCGGCUACCACGAGCAUGUGUCGGAAUACGGCGUCCACUGGAAUUUUUUCUUCACGCUAGCCAUUGUAAGAGUCGUAGCUUCUGUGAUUUUGUCCGUUUUACCAGCCAGUCAGUCAUGGCUCGUUGCCCUCCUGAUAAGUGGAUUGUAUCAGCUCACUCUGGAGAUAACAGGGCUGAAGGGGUUCAUUAUCCACAACAACGACAGAGACAAGGACUUUCUGCAUGCCAACAAGGAAGGCAUAUUCUCUGUAGUGGGCUACGUAGCCAUCUACAUGGCAGGAGUUCAGGUUGGGCUCUAUGUGAUGAAACCAAGAUCAAAUGUUAGACAGUGGCUCAAAACACUUUUUAACCUCUUGUUGGGAAGUUUUGUUCUGUACACAUCUCUGUACGCGUGUCAGACACUCAUGGAGCCGGUGUCUCGCCGCUUAGCUAACUUACCUUUCUGCCUCUGGAGUGUUGCUCAGUCUUUGUUCUUUAUGUGCUGUCUCAGCGUAGCUGAUAUGAUUCUACUGUUUUCCAAAAGAUCAUCCGGCUGUCAACUCAUACCUUCAUCGUGGAAUUUGUAUAAAAAACCAUCAGACUCUGAGAAAAAGACGGGUGAAAUUGAGAGACACUGUCUCAUCCAGGCCGUCAGCAGGAAUCAGUUGUUGUUUUUCUUGCUUGCCAAUGUCAUGACCGGACUGACCAACUUAGUGGUGGACACGCUGACCUGCGGCAGCUCGUUGUCAGUGUGCGUCUUGCUGUUGUACAUGUUCAUGAAUUGCCUUGUGAUACAUGUUUUACAUCUUUGUGGAAUUACAGUGAAAUUUUGGUAAAAUUUGAUUAAUUAAAGGAUAAGGUUCAUUUGGGUAUUUUUUAAGGUUUUUGAAGGGCUGCAGUGAUGAACCUUUAAAGUCAAGACAGUAAAAAAAGAAGAUAUAUUCUGUCAUGCUGAUGAUACUGUUGUACAUAAUGCGUUUAUGCAAAUGAGUGCAUGUCUUGAAGGGUGUGUCCAAACAAGUAAAAAAAAAAAUACUGUGAAACCAAACAAUGUUCUUUAAUUAUUUGCAUGUAUCUAUGUUUUAAAAGAAAGCGUUAAAUAAUGCAUUCUGCCUAUAAGGGAUUGGCCUGUUGAACUGACAUCAUCUUACUUGAGAUUUAAGACUGGCUCGGGUCAGCAUCUGAGUUUUUCAUGGAAGAGAAAACAGCAUUUAAAAAUAUGCAGCAAAUAAAUGUAGACUGUAAUGUGAGCUGCAGUAUGUUAUUAUUUUGUGUAUCUGUAUACUGCAUGUCUCAAAGAUAUAAGAGUCUUAAGUAAUUUUAUGUUUGUAGCAUGAGUCAUUUCAGGAGGUAGAAUUCAGUGGAAUCUGGGUAUUGGUGCAUA